UGCUGCCUUGUGCCUUCUGAGGCCCAGAAUCAUGGCCCGGUCGCUGACCUGGCACUGCUGCCCGUGGUGCCUGACGGAGGAUGAGAAGGCAGCCGCCCGGAUUGACCAGGAGAUCAAUAAAAUCCUCCUGGAACAGAAGAGGCGGGACCGAGGCGAGCUGAAGCUGCUGCUUCUGGGCCCCGGUGAGAGCGGGAAGAGCACAUUCAUCAAGCAGAUGCGCAUCAUCCAUGGGGCUGGCUACUCGGAGGAGGACCGCAAGGGCUUCCGGCGGCUCGUUUACCAGAACAUCUUCGUGUCCAUGCGGGCCAUGAUUGAGGCCAUGGACCAGCUGCAGAUCCCCUUCAGCAGGCCGGAGAGCAAGCACCAUGCCAGCCUGGUCAUGAGCCAGGACCCCUACAAAGUCACCACUUUUGAGAAGCACUACGCGGUGGCCAUGCAGGAGCUGUGGAGGGACGCCGGCAUCCGGGCCUGCUACGAGCGCCGGCGCGAGUUUCACCUGCUUGACUCGGCUGUGUACUACCUGUCGGACCUGGAGCGCAUCACUGAGGAGGGCUACAUCCCCACGGCGCAGGACGUGCUUCGCAGCCGAAUGCCCACCACCGGCAUCAACGAGUACUGCUUCUCUGUGCAGAAAACCAACCUGCGGAUUGUCGAUGUCGGAGGCCAGAGGUCAGAACGCAAGAAGUGGAUCCACUGCUUUGAGAACGUCAUCGCCCUCAUCUACCUGGCCUCGCUGAGCGAAUACGACCAGUGCCUGGAGGAGAACAACCAAGAGAACAGGAUGAAGGAGAGUCUGGCCCUGUUCGGCACGAUCCUGGAGCUGCCCUGGUUCAAAAGCACAUCCGUCAUCCUCUUCCUCAACAAAACCGACAUCCUGGAGGAGAAGAUCUCCACCUCUCACCUGGCUACCUACUUCCCCAGUUUCCAGGGCCCGAAGCAGGACGCGGAGGCAGCCAAGAGGUUCAUCCUGGACAUGUACACCCACAUGUACUCCGGUUGCGUGAAUGGCGCUGAUGGGAGCAGAAAGGGCCCGCGCUCCCGGCGCCUCUUCAGCCACUACACGUGCGCCACUGACACUCAGAACAUCCGCAAAGUCUUUAAGGAUGUGCGGGACUCGGUCUUGGCCCGCUACCUCGACGAGAUCAACCUGCUGUGACCCAGGCCCCGCCUCCCCCUGGUCGGACGAAAGUGUGGCAGGCAAGACCUGCGGGCGGGGCCAGAGCUCAGAGAGCCCAGACACCCGACUUGUUGCUCCAGGCCCAGGCCCAGGUGGCGGGAGGGCCACGAAUGAGUUGGGGUUGGAAGGCCAGUCGCCGCCCCCCACCCCCCGCCUCUCUCCAGGACAGCCCCUGGGCUUCCCUUUAGACUCAGUUUACCUCCUCGGAAAGGGAGCACAAUGACCAUUUGGGAUGCCAGGGUGGAGGAAAAGGUGAAGCGAGUAGGGGAUGGAGGACUUGGGUGAGUGGGCUCUCUUAGGACUCCCGCCUCUGGGUGUGUCCCCUCCUGGGCAGGAACCCCCCGGGGGGUGAUGCACAUCCCCAGGGAUGGGGCUGUGGACCUUCAGGCCCAGGAACCGGACUCUGGCGCCCCCUAGCGGACAGGAGGUGGAGUCUCCCAGCCUGAGGUCUGGGUAGCUUAGACACCUUCCUUUGCGGGAGUGUCUCUGUAAGAGUCUCUUGGCUCAAAGUGUGCCCUGUUCUGGAUUACAGACGAGGGAAACUGAGGCCCACAGGUAUCCCCCUCCCUCUGAGGCUGGGGGCCGGGCGCGCUGCAUCUUAAA